CUGCCCAGCUCCAGUAAAAGCCAGCCCCUCGCCUGGAGAUUCAUUCAUACGACAUCAGCGGUCGGUUUGCGACCUUACAGGGGCGACACAUCCUUAGAUCAUCAACACGACCGCGGUCCUCACGCUGCACAAAACAACCCAGAUCCAGACGCGCAAAAAAAACAAAACAAAAAAACAGUACUUUCAAGUGUUUUCAAACGGAAGAUUUGACGCAGGACGUGCGCCGGAGCAUCGCGGGCGCUUUAAAGGGUGCAACUUAAAAGUUUGACAAGGACAAGUCAGAUUGCGGUGAACUCACUUUAAUGACGAUGUGGGGACAAGCUCGUGAGUGCAAAUGUUAGAAUUAAUCGGAGAUUUUAAAAAACAAACAAACAAAAACAAUAAGUGCUCUCCAAUUGCACUUUCCUGAUCGCCGUAAGACGCACGGACACCUCCGGACGCGCGCGCUGUCAAAACUACCAACAGACUAAUCCCCAUCAGCUGAGAUCACUUUCUGGAGACUCGGCUUUACACGCAGUUCAAAACUAAAACCUCCAACAGGAUACCAAUGGUUUUCCUUUGGGACGCCAAAUACGACCAGGCCCCCCACCGCCGCUUCACGCCGCCCUCCUCCAGCCUGGGCACGGGGAAGAUGAGCGAGGCUCUACCCGCGAUGGGUGGGCACGAGGGCGGCGGCGGGAAAUUGCGCAUGUGUGACCGCAGCAUGGAGGUCCUCUCCGAGCACCCGGGAGAGCUCGUGCGCACCGACAGUCCCAACUUCCUGUGCUCGGUGCUGCCCACACACUGGCGCUGCAACAAGACUCUCCCCAUCGCCUUCAAGGUGGUUGCCCUUGGCGACAUCCCUGAUGGCACGCUCGUGACAGUGAUGGCAGGAAAUGAUGAGAAUUACUCAGCUGAACUCCGCAAUGCCACCGCGGCCAUUAAGAACCAGGUGGCCCGUUUCAAUGACCUGCGCUUCGUGGGUCGCAGUGGAAGAGGGAAGAGUUUUACUCUCACCAUCACCGUAUUCACUAACCCCCCUCAAGUGGCCACCUAUCAGAGAGCCAUCAAGAUUACAGUGGACGGACCCAGGGAACCCCGCCGUCAUAGACAAAAGCUGGAAGAAGUUGUAAAGCCAGGCGCGCUGGCCUUCUCCGAGCAGUUGAGAAGGAGCGCCAUGAGGUGCAGUCCUCACCAGGCCUCUGCGCCCAAUCCCCGCCCCACCCUGAACACACCUCCCUUUGGUAGCCCCACCCACAGCCAAAUACCUGACUCCAGGCAAAUGCAGACGUCUCCGUCCUGGUCUUAUGAACAAUCCUACCCUUACCUGGGUGCUAUUUCUGCACCCGCUAUUCACCCUACGACACCCAUCUCUCCGAGCCGCAAUCCAAUACACUGUUCAGACCUGUUCAGUGACCCGCGUGUCGGUCUGGAGCGCCCCUUCUCUUCCAUCCCCUCGCUACCAGACAACCGCUUCACCGACCCCCGGGUUCCCUACCCCACUGCAGCCUUCACCUACACCCCAACCCCUGUCACUAACGCUAUAGGUAUCGGCAUGUCAGCCAUGACUGCGCCUGCUGGCCGCUACCACACUUACUUACCACCUCCCUACCCUGCUGGCUCCUCCCAGGGCCAGAGUGGACACUUCCAGGCCAGCUCUUCUCCCUAUCACCUCUAUUACAGCAGCGCUACCGGCUCGUACCAGUUCUCCAUGAUGUCAGGAGGAGGUGGGGGUGAUCGCACGCCCCCCAGGAUCCUGCCGCCCUGCACCAGCGCCUCGACGGGCUCGGCCCUCCUCCACCCCUCACUGCCAAAUCAGAAUGACAUUGUUGUUGAGGCAGAGGAAAGCCACAGCAGCUCUCCGACCAGCAUGUCUGCUGAGGCAGUGUGGAGGCCAUACUGAGCACCAGCUUUACUGAAUAGUGGACUGACACGUUGACCAAUAUGAAGUGUAGAGCUGAUGCAUGGACUCGAUUUUCCACAGCAUGAGACUCAGUUUUGUUUUUCUUAAGAUAAUUAUGGAAAAUUUGUUGUUGUUGUUGUUAUUAUUAUUAUUAUUAUUAUUAUUAUUAUUAUUAUUAUUAUUACACCAGUUCCUUCUAUUUCUAAAGAAAUACCCUGCCAUGGCACUGUCAUAAAACUUGAAUCUGAAGAAUUGUAUCAUCAUACUUUCAAAAUAUUAGCCAGAAAAUGUAUAUCUGCCAAAACAACGGCUUGUAUGCUGGGAACUAUUCAUUUAAGGCAACGAAUUAUGAUUUUCACCCACGGCCACCUGUUCCUUUACAAUCACUCGAUGAGGUUUCGUCUGAGCUCCAGCAUACGCGCAGUUCUGAGAUUUCUAACUGUAACCUGUAGAUUGCUGCAUGUCCCGUGACUCACCGUGCUAAGGUUAGCAUUGCGCUACCAGCACCAAGAUUGGACGAUUUCCAUUUAAGAGUUAAACCAGACAUGGAGGUCUGUUGCACAUGCAAUCCCAGGUUUAUGAGGCUUUACCUCAUCCGUCACUGCCUUUUAAGGUUGUCCUUUUACAGUGCAAACCCAUCCGUAUUUCAGAUAUCCGCUUGAGUUUGGCCGUAACCCACAGAUCACCCACUUUUAUGUAAAUAGACUGUAAACUACUUGUUGAUAUCACUGGUUGAUUGACGUUGACAGUGACGGUGUCUUUGACAUCCACACUUGAGAAAACUAGAAAUGAUACAUAGCCUAUAUGUUUUUUUUUUUUUUAGAACUGCUUUAUUUUGUGAAUGUAAACCUUGUGAAGAAGCUGAUUGUUUGUAGACAA